UUUCACCGAAGAGUGGUGCUUGUCGGAAAAAUAAAAGAAAAGUAAAAUCUAGAAUGGAGAUAUGACUUUUCUCGUCAAUGAACAGUGAACACUCCCCCAUUAGUCGCCCAGUUUCGUUACACUUUUUGAAAGCCUCGGAUUCUCUAUUUCUCUUCACACCUAACAAAAAUCUCGACCCUCUAGGGCUUUGCUUCAAUGACGAUUUCUCUUACGGCAGUUGUACUACUGAUGACGGCGGUGUUGAUGCUUUCCGUUGAGCUUGCCGCCGGAUAUACAUUCUCGUCGAGGUUGAUUCACGGGUUCUCAGAUGAAGCGGUGUCGUUUUGGGCAUCUAAAGGGAAGAGUAUGACGUGGCCGAAGCGCGAGAGUGUGGAGCAUAUGAGGUUGCUACUUAGUAAUGAUUGGAAGCGACAGAGACUGAAGCUUGGUUCGCAGAAGCAGCUUCUGUUUCCAUCUGAAGGAAGUGAAACUCAUUUCUAUGGAAAUGACUUGAGUUGGCUGCAUUAUGUGUGGAUUGACAUAGGGACACCAAAUGCAUCAUUUCUUGUCGCGUUGGAUGCUGGAAGUGAUCUGCUCUGGCUCCCUUGCAAUUGUGUACAAUGCGCUCCAUUGUCUUCAAGCUACUACUCAAUGUUGGAUAAAGAUCUGAAUGAGUAUAGCCCAGCACGAUCAAGCAGUAGCAAGCAUCUAUCUUGCAGCCAUCAAUUAUGUGAACUGGGUCCUAACUGCCGGAGUCCAAAGGAACACUGCCCUUAUACUGUUAACUACUAUUCUGAAAAUACAUCAAGUUCGGGUUUUCUUUUUGAGGACCAAUUGCAUUUGACUUCAGUUGGUGGACAUGAACAUCAAGGUUCUGUGCUAGCUCCUAUUGUUAUAGGCUGUGGUAGCAAACAAAGUGGCAAUUAUUUGAGUGGAGCUGCUCCAGAUGGGUUGAUGGGAUUAGGGCCAGGAGAAAUUUCUGUUCCAAGUUUGCUGGCGAAGUCUGGAUUUGUUCCACACUCAUUCUCAUUGUGUUUUGGAAAGAGCAAUUCUGGCACAAUUUUCUUUGGUGAUAAAGGGCCUGAAAAUCAAAGACGAAGUUCAUUUGUAUCUUUGGAUGGAAAUUACAAUACCUAUGUUGUUGAAGUUCAACAUUAUUGUGUUGGGGGUACCUGUCCAAAGCAAAGUGGAUUUCAAGCCUUAGUUGAUAGUGGGUCUUCCUUCACUUUUCUCCCUUCUGAAAUCUUUACAAAAGUAGUAACUGAGUUUGAAAAGCAAAUGAACGCUACAAGGUUAGCUAUAGAAGAUUUUCCUUGCUGCUAUAAGGCUAGUUCACAAGGUUUACUGAAUAUUCCUAGCAUGAAACUUUUGUUAGCUGCUAAUCAGAGCUUUGUAAUUCAGAACCCCAUGUUUACCAUCUCCAGUGGUCAGGUCAGUAUCUGAAUCUCUUUGCUUUGUCAUCAUCCUGCAAAUUAAUCUUUUUUCUUGAGGCAUGGAAGAUUUAGCUGCAAGAUAUUUUUCUUUGAAUGAGCUGGUAACAUGCGAUGCAUAUGCAUGCAAACUCACUUGCAUUUAUAUGAAGAAGUUAGUGCACCCAAAAUGCAGAAACUGACUCAGGUCUUAAUCUGAAAUUAAUACUAUCUGUACCUUUAUCUGUCAAUUUGAGUACUUCCUACUUUUCUUUUUCAG